AAACCCCCAAAUUAUUAUUUCUUUCUUCCCUUCUCUCAAUGAAGCUUUCUCUAAUGAAGUUUUCCCUCUCUUCCUUAAGGAACCAAAACCCAGUACAUUUUCACAGAACCAUAAUUAUCCGUUUUUAUGAAACAACAACAUCGACUAAACAACAUAAAGAUCAUAAGCGUGACUGGGUCUUUGCAAGAAUAGCACCCUUAGGUAGCCCAGACUUGUCUAUGGUUCCAGUACUCGAACAAUGGGUUAAAGAAGGAAAACAAGUGGCCAAAACCGAACUUCAGUGGAUUAUCAAACGAUUAAACAGUUACAAAAGAUACAAACAUGCCCUUGAGGUAUCUCAUUGGAUGACAGACAGAAAAUAUUUCCCCCUCCAACCUGCUGAUGUAAGAACACGAAUUAAUCUGAUGUAUAAAGUUAAAGGCCUAGAAGAGGCUGAAAAAUACUUCAAUAGCAUUCCGCAGAUAUUGAGACGCCCGGAGGUGUAUACCGCUCUUCUCAAUUGCUAUACCAAUGAGAAAUCUGUAGAGAAAGCUGAGGCCAUAAUGCAACAACUAAGAGAUAUGGGGUUUGCUAAGGGUACAUUGUGCUACAAUUAUAUGAUGAACCUCUAUUAUAAAACCGGAACAUGGGAGAAAAUGGAUAAUCUGAUGAAUGAAAUGGAGCAGAAAGGCAUAAAUUUUGAUGAGUUCACACUCACGAUACGGUUAACUGCAUAUGCUGCUGUUGGAGAUUCUGAGGGAAUGGAUAGAAUAGUAGCAAUGAUGGAAUCUGAUAAGCAUCUCAUUUUGCACUGGGAUACUUACAGUAUUGCAGCAGAGAAGUAUUUGAAAGUUGGGCAGGUGGAAAAAGCUUUAGAGUUGCUGAGUAAACUGGACAGCAUGAUUUUGACUCGUCAGAAAAGUUAUGGUGCAUAUAAUUCAUUGUUAAAACUAUAUGCGGAAGCUGGAAAGAAAGAAGAGGUGCACCGAGUGUGGGAUUUGUAUAAGCAGAACAUGAGAAUUCUUAAUAAAGGUUACAUUAGUGUGAUGAGCUCAUUACUGAAAUUUGGUGAUACUGAAGGAAUUGAGAAGAUCUUUGAGGAAUGGGAAUCGGAAGCUUUGUCCUACGACUUCCGUGUCCCAGAUGUUUUGAUUCACUGUUAUUGUAGAAAUGGUCUUCUGGGGAAGGCUAAGGCCCUAAUGGACAAAGGAAUGUCAAAAGGAGGUGUUCCAUGGGUCACCACAUGGUGUCACUUAGCAAAUGGAUACAUAUAUGAAGAUCUAGUCCCAGAGGCUGUAGAAGCAUUGAAGAAGGCCAUCUCAAUAUGCCCCCCUGAUUAUAAACCUAGCAGGGAGACCUUAGUUACAUGUGUAAAAUACUGGGAAAAGCAGGGAAAUGUGGAUAAUGCAGAGGAAUUUGUAAGGUCUUUAGAAACGGAGCAUAUCUUCUCAGCAGUUUUUCGUGACAAGUUGUUGCGCUUUAUUAAGGAAGAAAAACUACAAACCUAAGUGACACAGCUUGUGUGGAAACAACAGAUUUGAGCGACUCUCGCAUGGUUAGGCCUGACCUACCAUAGCUGUAAGUAUGAACUGAAGCUAUUAGGCUGCCUGGAUACGGAGCACUUAAAGAGAAGUUUAUUGGACGAAGAUUCGUGUUCUUUGGGUUUCAUAACUGAAAAUAGCUGAUAUUUCUCAUUGAGACUCACCUAUUUUUUGUCUCAAGUGAUAUUAGGCUGCAUAUUCAUUGGCGAUAAGUAAUCUACUGCAAGGUCACUCCUCUAGAGAGACAAUAUGCUUUGUUCUUAACAUACAUUGUGUCAAUGAGCUUUAAUUAAAGGCCAAAAUUUAACAGAAUGUGGUUGGAGCACCAAAGUUCCUUUCCUGAGCUUGUUUAAAUUUGGUUAUGAAGACAGUGCAAGAAGGUACAUUACUUCGUUUUUCGCCAUAUGUUGCUAUUGUAGUUUAUGUAUCGUGACAAUCUUGUUCUUUAGAGAAGCUGAAUUAUUUGUCCAAGCCCACGGUGUGCCCCCUCCUAAAAUAAAGUAGGGUCCAUUACUUAAAACUUCUCUCUAGUUUAGCAUAUGUAAUGGACGUUUCCUCUUGUUUGUGAAAUAUGUAGGACCUCCUUUCUUCGAUGGUGAAAGUGAUAGUGUUUACUUUUUGCA